CACUGCGCAUGAGUGGCUCAGGGAGCGCGCAGUGCGGUGAUCACGGAAAGAGCCGAAGAUGUCGGCUCGGUAAUGUGAUCAGCUGUGUCCGAUCACAGCUGAUCACAUAGGAGAGCCGGUAAUCAGCUUUCCAUGGAGGAGACAUGUACACUGAUCAUCAGGGCACUGAUGAUCAGUAAGUGCCACCUGUCAGUGCUCAUCAGUGCCACGUGCCAGUGCCCAUCAGUACCACGUGCCAGUGCCCAUCAGUGCCACAUCAAUGCCACAUAUCAGUGCAUACCAGUGCACAUCAAUGCCACAUAUCAGUGCCCAUCUGAGCUGCCUUUCAAUGUCACCCAUCAGUGCCAGUCAGUGCCACCUAUCAAUGCCAAUCAGUGCCACCUAUCAGUGCGCAUCAGUGCCAGUCAGUGCCACCUAUCAGUGCCAGUCAGUGCCGCCUAACAGUGCCAGUCAGUGCUGUCUAACAGUGCCAGUAAGUGCCGCCAAUCAGUGCCAUUCAGUGCUGCAUAUCAGUGCCGCCUAUCAGUGCAAUAUAUCAGUGUCAUGUAUCAGUGCUGCCUUUCAGUGUCCAUCAGUGAUGCCUGUC